CAGAUAAAACUUCGCUCUCCUGAAAAAGAGAAAAAUAUACUUAAUUUAUAAAUUCAAAAAAUGUUCGCAAAAUUACUUUGUCUUAGUUUUGCAUCGAUUAUAUCGUUCAUGUUCAGUUUAAAUGGGGAAUUCGUAUUUGACGAUUCAGAAGCUAUUGUUAAAAACAAAGAUAUUACCUCAGAAUCAUGGUUAGAUCCAUUCAAAAAUGAUUUCUGGGGUACAAGUAUUAAAAGCAAUUUAAGUCACAAGUCCUACCGGCCUUUAACUAUUUUAUCGUAUAGGCUGAAUUAUUUACUAAACAAAGAGUUGUCACCUUUACAGUUUAAAGCUACAAAUCUCUUUUGUCAUGUCGCAUGUUGUAUACUUAUAUGGAUGUCAUAUGACUGUAUUUGGAAGCGAGUAAAAAUGAGAAAUGUUGAAAAAAAUUGUUCUAUAGAUGUACCGUUUCUAGCAGCAAUUCUGUUUAGCGUACUCCCAGUACAUGUAGAGGCUGUAUGUGGUGCUGUUGGGCGGGCAGAUUUAUUAUCUGCCAUUACAUUCUUUGUAUCAUUCCUCAUUUAUGAUAAAGCAGUUCAGACGAAAAGUAUGUUAAAUAUUUAUUUAUUUAUCAGUAUUAUAUUAGCAGGAGUUUCAAUGCUCUUUAAGGAGAAUGGUAUUACUGUGCUGGGGAUAUCCUGUGUAUAUGAUUUAGUAAUUAACAUAAAAUUCAGAUCAAAAGGAAGAGUAAAAAGUCGAAAUAAAAUAAAUAAUUAUAUAAAUGUACAUGUGGAUAAUAAAUCUAUCUAUAGAAUAGCAUGCAUUAUAUUAUGUGCAAUGAUUCUAUUAUAUGCAAGAUGGAUUGUGAUGGGAGGUACUAAACCAGAAUUUAAACCAACUGAUAAUCCUACAGCUUUCAGUGAUGAUCUCUUUACUAAGGCAUCAACAUAUAAUUAUAUUUAUUUCCUUAAUAUUCUUUUAUUAAUAUGGCCGCAAUGGCUGUGCUAUGAUUGGUCGAUGGGAUGUGUACCAUUAAUAAGGAAUAUACUGGAUUAUAGGAUAAUAUUUGUAUUAUCUUUUUACCUCUAUGGCUUAUUCUUUAUUAUUUCAAUUGCUACGAAAAAAAGCAAUUAUUCAAUUAAAAGAAUUGAAUUAUUAGCUGUUUCAUUGAUGGUAAUUCCAUUUCUACCGGCUGCUAAUAUUGUAUAUCCAGUGGGUUUUGUUAUCGCUGAGAGAAUACUUUACAUACCCUCAGCCGGGUAUUGUUUGCUCAUCACUAUUGGAUUAUACAAAAUGAAAAAAAAAUACAAUUAUUAUUUUAAGCAAGUGGAAGUAUAUUUUACUUGUAUAAUAUGUAUAUUGGCAUUAAAAAGUUGGCGAAGAUCAUACGACUGGCAAAAUGAGUACCAACUUUAUACAAAUGCUUUAAACAUUUGUCCAUUAAAUGCCAAAGUACACUACAAUGUUGCAAAAGUUGCCGAUGCCAAAUAUCAUGCAGACUGGGCUUUAGCAGAAUAUAAAGAAGCUAUAAGAUUGUAUCCGGAAUACUAUCAAGCGAUGAACAAUUUAGCGAAUCUAUUGAAGAAUCAAAAGAAAUAUAAGGAAGCAGAACAUUAUCUAAGAAUAUCUCUGCAUUAUAAAAACGACUUUCCAGCGGCUUGGAUGAAUCUAGGAAUCGUAUUAGCCCAUACAGGUCGUUACAAUGAUUCCCAAAUCGCCUACAAAACUGCAUUACGUUAUAGAAAAUACUAUCCAGAUUGUUUUUACAAUUUAGGAAAUUUGUAUUUAGAAUUAAAUAAAACAAACCUUGCAUUAGAAAACUGGUUUCACGCGAUCAACUUAAAUCCUAAACAUGUAUCCGCUUGGACGAAUCUACUGGCUUUGUUGGAUAACACAGGACAAAUAGAUAAAGCUUUGCAAAUAAUACCUAAAGCGCUUGAAGAAUUACCAGAAACGCCGCUAAUACACUUCGCUAUUGCGAAUAUUUAUGGAAAAAUAGAUGAAUAUAAUAAGGCGGAGAAGUAUUUUCUGAAAGCCAUCAAUUUGUUUCAGAAUCGUGUUCAAGCUAUUCAUUACGCCAAUCUUGGAGUAUUGUAUCAUCGUUGGAAAAAAUAUGAUUUAGCAACGCAAAUGUAUCAAAUGGCUCUAAAAAUAGACUCCAAAUUUCCCAGUGCACUUAAGAAUCUUCGUAAUUUGGAAAGACUCAAAAAUAAAUCGAACUGAUACAUUCCUCAGAA